CAUUUAAUUUGUUUCAUUCAGACCUGAUGGAAGAAGAAAGUGAAGAAGAAAGUGAAGAUGAAAGUGAAGAACUGAAUGAACAGGAAGGAGAACAUCUAAAGAAAUCUAAAAAGAAUUUGUCACGAAAGAGAACAGGAGCUAAACAUUCAUGCACCUGCCUUCAGUGUGGAAAGAGUUUCGCAUGUAAAGCAAUCCUUAAGGAUCACACAAGGAUUCACACUGGAGAGAAGCCUUUCACAUACAAUCACUGUGGAAAUGAGUUUAGAUUCAAAGUAACCCUUAAAGAACACAUAAGGAUUCACACUGGAGAGAAGCCUUACAUAUGCGAUGGAUGUGGGAAGAGUUUCAGACACAGAUCAAGCCUUCGGGAGCACACUAAAAUCCACAUCGGAGAGAAGCCUUUCACAUGCUCGCAGUGUGGGAAGAGUUUUACACUUAAAUCAUACCUUAAUACUCAUAUAAAAUCUCACUCCAGAGAGAAGCCGUUCAUCUGUCCUCAGUGUGGAAAAGGUUUUAGUCGGGCGGCACUCCUGAAAAUCCACGAGAGCAUCCACAGCGAAGUGAAGCCGUAUCACUGCGCUCCAUGCGGGAGGAGUUUCAGCCAAAUAGCUGCCCUUCAAAGACACUUGAAAUCUUUCAUACGCAAUAAAUACAGGCCUCUAGAAAAAUUCAUGCUUGUGCAUUUUUCCAGUGUUCUUGUGUUUUGUUUUCAUUUUAUAAAUACCACUUUGUCUCAAGAUCUUCAUCUCUCCUUGUCUUGCACCAACCGUUACAACAACAUUUGAGGAACAUGAAAAUUGUGCAGACAUAUUUUUCUGGCUAAAUUUUUGCGACAAGUCAUUUUCCAAAACAUACUUAUAUUUUCAGCCCUUCCCGUGCUUCUCAAUACUCCAAUGGAUGCUUCCUCCUUUACUUGCUCCUCCAUCCUCUAGCCUGUGACCUGGAAACCGA